GUCCCUGAAGGUCGCGGGGCCUCGAGUUUUUGUUUUCUUUUUUUCCCGCUGCGUGCCUAGCCGCUCCUGUCCCCUCAGCUCACCGUGUCCGCGGCUGAAGCGCCAGCGGCCUGCCCGAAAGCAGUCUCCUCACAGGAGCACCUGUCUCAGCUCAGUCCCAGAAUGGCGCUUCCCCCAAGUCCCUUGGCUAUGGAAUAUGUUAAUGACUUUGACUUGAUGAAGUUUGAAAUAAAGAGGGAGCCCUCUGAGGGCCGAUCGGGGCUCCCCACAGCCUCACUGGGCUCAACACCUUACAGCUCGGAGCCUCCUUCACCCACCUUCAGCGAGCCCGGCAUGGUGGGCGGCAGCGAGGGCCCCAGGCCAGGCCUGGAGGAGCUGUACUGGUUGGCCACCCUGCAGCAGCAGCUGGGGGCUGAUGAGGUGCUGGGGCUGAGCCCCGACGAAGCUGUGGAGCUGCUGCAGAACCAGGGCCCGGUCCCUGUAGAAGGGACCCAUGGUUACUAUUCAGCGAGCCCAGGAGAGACAGGAGCCCCGCAUGCCCAGCUGCCCGAGAGGUUUUCGGACGCGGCGCUGGUCUCGAUGUCCGUGCGCGAGCUGAACCGGCAGCUGCGGGGCUGUGGGCGAGACGAGGCCCUGCGGCUGAAGCAGAGGCGCCGCACGCUCAAGAACCGCGGCUACGCGCAGGCCUGCCGCUCCAAGCGGCUGCAGCAGCGGCGCGGGCUGGAGGCCGAGCGCGCCCGCCUGGCGGCCCAGCUGGACGCCCUGCGGGCCGAGGUGGCCCGCCUGGCUCGCGAGCGCGACCUCUACAAGGCCCGCUGUGACCGGCUGACCUCCAGCGGCCCCGGGGCCGACGACCACACGCACCUCUUCCUCUGAGCCUCUCAGGGCAGGGGAGUGUGGCUGGGUGGAUGGCGCUAGAGGGUAUCUAUCACUCACCAAAUC